AUGUCAGAAGACGCACAUCGAUUCAGAGACAAGACGCACAUCCUGACUGGGGACCCUCAAAUCUUAGCAAGCGACAAGCAUACACCGCAGUAUUCCACGAUGAGUGCCUCGUCGCCAAAGCAACCAGUCACAUUGUACAAUGUAUUUGUCGUCGCAUGUGCAACACUGGCGUCAAUUUUGCUUGGAUAUGCGUCAGGGGUGAUCGGCGGCACGCUCGGCCAGGCAUCAUGGUACCGUGUGAUGGGGCUUCAAAUGGUUCCUGGGAAGCCUGGAUACAGCCACACGGAGACUAUACAAGGGGCUUCCAACGGGACGUUCUAUGCAUUCGCUACGAUCGGCACCAUUCUUAUCGGGGAAAUAAUGGGCCUCCUGGGACGCAUCCGUGCAUUCCAGAUUGCAAGUGCUCUACACAUCGUUGGAGCGGCCAUCCAGACGGGAAGUGUGAAUCAGGCAAUGUUCCUGGUAGGUAGAGGUAUCACAGGCCUUGCAGCAGGAUCGACAAUUGUCAUCGGCCCCGUCUACUUCUCCGAGGUGGCUCCGCCAUCGUCUCGUGGUUCCAUGGCAGGAAUGCAUGGCGCGGGUAUAAAUACGGGAUACAUGUUAGCUGCUUGGGUCGGCUUUGGCUCCUCCUAUGCGAACCCCACGACGACCUUCGGAUUUCGAUUUCCCCUGGCCAUUCCGAUCCUCAUAGCUCUGAUUAUCUUGGGUGCAACGUUAUGGAUGCCGGAGAGUCCUAGGCACUUGGUCGACAAAGGCCGCAGUUCUGAAGCUCUUGCAAUCCUCACCUCACUUCACGGUCACGGCAACCAUGAGUUUGCGCAGCGAGAGCUGAGGGAGAUCGAACUGCAGGUUGCCGAAGAGAAGGCUGCAUUCAAGGAAAAGUCGGCGUUCAUGAUCCUUUUCACGCAGAUGACAUACCUCAAACGCGUGGCUCUAGGCAUUCUAGUUUGUUCAGGAGUCAUCAAUACGGGUGUGCUUGUCAUCAAUAAUUACGCUGUCAUUAUCUACAGCUCGCUCGGGCUUUCAACUACAGUGUCCCUUCUUCUCUCUGCCGUGUGGUUGACACUUGCCGCCUUCUGGAACUGGCUCGGCGCCUUCCUCUCUGACAGAGUAGGACGAAGACGGAUCCUGCUUAUCGGAAAUAUUGGGACAACCGCGAUGUUGAUCAUUUUCACUGGCCUGUAUGCCAAAUUUCAGGAAACUGGCGACAGGAAAUAUGCAACCGCCUGUCUGGUCUUCAACUUCGCGUUCGAGUUAUUCUUCGGCGCGGGCGUCGAUCCGCAUGUCUACACUGUCGCGGCAGAGAUCUUCCCCGUCCAUCUUCGGGCUAAAGGUGAAAGCAUCGCACUUGCAGGCUACUAUAUCUACAGCAUCAUUUGGACGGAAGCAGCACCACCUGCAUUUAGCAGCAUUGGAUGGAAAUUUUAUCUCGUUUUUAUUUGCAUCCAAUUUCUACAGAUUACACUGAUCUAUCUCUAUCUACCAGAAACUGCCAAUGUCCCGCUUGAAGAAAUUGACGAGGUUUUUGGUGGUCAAGUCAAAGUCCAUCUCAAUGACGCGGAUCUGAUCAUGGACCCUACCUCAGAAGAGGUAGAGGUGAAAGAAGCAAAAGCCGCUAUCAAGGAGUGA